CGCCGGGAAAGAGGCUGUGCGUGGCGCUGUGAGGCUACGGGAGAGAGAGAGUGAGAGAGAGAGGGAGGCAGAAGGACCUGGGACGCGAAGUCUCGCAGGCAACGCAGAGUCACACGGCCGGAGUGAGAGCGAAUGCGGGCUGGAGUGCGUGUGUCUGAGAGGAGUGAUUGUAGUGGAGAGGACGCGCGAGCAAGGAGCGGUGCGGGUGACGGUCCGAUAGUGCGGUGUAUCCAGGCAACCGGCCCUCGGACGGCUCGCGCUCCCCCGAGUCAGCCGAGCCGCCGCCGUGCUAAACACGCUAUUUACGGCGCAUCAUUCUGUGAACCAGAAACGAGCAUUUCUCGCUUUGUAGCGGAGCUGCCGGUGGAAGUCCGCUUGUGUUCGAGGGACGUCGCUUUGCCGUAGAGAGUAAAAAUAGAAUGGUGUGUGAUACAAUGAGACAGUGAGAGGAUACCUUUUUCUUCUGUCUUCACCCACCCGGGAUUGGAUAUAUCUGUUAAUUUACUUCGUCAGCAUGGGAAAGGAGCAAGAACUACUGGAAGCGGCGCGGACCGGGAACGUAACCCUAGUGGAAAAAUUACUGAGUGGCAAAAAAGGAUUGCUGGGCACCGCAUCUGGAUCUAUACCGCUGCCGAGUUUACUGAGCAUCUGGCGAGGACUGAACGUGAACUGCGCUGACAGCUCGGGGUACACGCCCCUACACCAUGCCUCACUCAACGGACACCGGGACGUGGUGCUGAAGCUGCUGCAGUUCGAGGCCUCCACCAAUGUGGCUGACAGCAAGGGCUGCUUCCCUCUGCACUUGGCCGCCUGGAAGGGUGACGUGGAGAUCGUGCGCAUCCUCAUCCGCCAUGGUCCCUCCCACUGCAGGGUCAAUGAGCAGAACCACGAGAACGAGACGGCACUGCACUGCGCGGCCCAGUACGGCCACUCGGAGGUGGUGCGGGUGCUGCUGGAGGAAUUGACGGACCCCACGAUGCGCAACAACCACAGCGAGACGGCGCUGGACCUGGCGGCGCUGUACGGCCGACUGCAGGUGGUGCGCAUGCUGGUGCGGGCCCACCCCGACCUGAUGUGCUGUGGUCGCAGUGGCCUGCACACGCCCCUGCACCUGGCCGCCCGCAACGGCCACCGCGCCGUGGCACUGGUGCUGCUGGAGGCCGGCAUGGACGUCAAUGCCAGGACUGAGAAAGGCAGUGCCCUCCAUGAGGCAGCCCUCUUUGGGAAGAUGGACGUGGUUCGACUCCUCCUGGACGCAGGGAUUGAUGCCAAUAUCCGGGACAGUCGUGGUCGAACAGCCCUGGAAAUCCUGCGGGAGCACCCAGCCCCGAAGUCUCAGCAAAUCACAGCACUCAUUCAAGAGUACAUGGAUGUGGAGAUGGACGGUAAGACUGCCCAGAAUGAGCCCAUCCGACACUGUCCCAUUCCCACCCCCCGCACCUCUGUGUCCUCCCCGGCUGCCUCGCCCUCCCUCAGGAUUAAAAACGAGGCCGUGACGGAGGAGCUGUCCAAGCUGCUGAGCGAGAUCAAGAUGUGCCGAGACAAAGAGUACUCCUUCGAGGACCUGUGCCAUACCAUCUCCUCGCAUUCCAUGGAGAGCUUCGGCGGCGGCCGCCAUGUUGACGAGCAGCGCAAUGGAACUUUCACACGAGUGAACAAGCGACGCUCUCCUCCGCUGGCCCCAGCUCCCGAGGAGGAUGAGAGUGAGAAGAGCUGUGGCCCAGCUGUACUCUGGGAGGCGCUCACGCCCUGCAAUGGUUGCCGUAACUUGGGUUUCCCUGGAUUGUCUCAGUACCAGGACUCCAAGCAGCCCGCUGACAUCAUCCCCUCGCCGUCACUCGACGUCUUCCUGCCAGAGGACGAGGACAACCCGUUCGAAUUUGUCACCAAGGCCGUCACGCGCAAACCCUGCUCGUUGGACAUUGGCCGUCUGACCGGCUGCUCUGAGGAAGACGACUCCCCCCAUGUGACCAUCACAGAACCUGAUCUGAGUAACCAUGGGAACGGCUCUGCAGGGCCGACUCCAGACUGCUCGCCCCCCUCCCCCGACACGGCACUAAAGAACAUUGAGAAAGUGAUCCGCCCACAGCCGAAGCAGCGCAUGUCCCUGUCCUCGACCCAGGAGACGCAGCGGCCCAACCACAGCUACGACCCGUCGGAAGUGAGCUCUUCGCUGGGCUACGCCAGCUUCAGCGCCAGCCCUCCCCUCAGCCCCGCCCUCAGCCCCGCCCUCAGCCCCGCCCUCGGCUCCGCCUUCAGCCCCGCUAAUUACUCCAUUGGGUCCGCGGAAGACUGCGGUCUGGCAGAUGACGUGCCAGUUGAAGACGACUUCCGUGAAGGACACAUCCCUGAGCAGUUUGCUGGGCUGCUGCAUGGUUCAUCACCAGCCUGCGAGUCCCCUGACAACCCCUACCAGCUCUACGGAAAGGUGCGCAAGUUCAGUGCCCCUGAGCCUGGACCGGCACAUCACCACGGCAAUCUGCUGCAGGCUCCCGAACUGUGUGCCCGCCUCCCCCGAACGGGCAGUGAAGCGUCCGCCCUAAAGGGUCCACGGGAACCCAAACCGCAGGUUGUUUAUCGGACCAUCUUCCAUACCCGUGUGAACCAGAACCAGAACAAAACCCGGAACCAGAGCCAGAACGAGGCGGAUCCAAAAAGCGGCUCCCCAGCUCGGUCAGGCUUGGAGGAGCGAGCGUGCACGCUCGGCAGGAUGCGUUCCGUGCCUAAGGACGUGCUGGACCUGCAGCUCUCCCGGAACUUCUCCAAGUCAGACUCCAACCUCAUCUCCGUGUCACCCAUCCAGGAGGAACGACGAGGCCAGCCUGGCACUGGCAGAACCAGCCCCAGCAACCGGCUGGAGCGAACACCGUCCUUCACGGCAGAAUGGGAGGAGAUUGAUAAAAUCAUGAGCUCCAUUGGAGCCGGAAUCAGUACAGAGCUGGAGGAGAUCAAGGAAGACGCAUCAGGCCCCCGGUGCCCGGUGCAGUCUGUGGGCCAGUGGCUCGACAACAUAGGCCUGGUCCAGUAUGAGAACCACCUGCUCGCCAACGGGUUCGACAACGUCCAGUUUAUGGGCAGCAAUGUGGUGGAGGACCAGGACCUGCUGGAGAUCGGCAUUCUCAACUCUGCACACAGACAGCGCCUCCUCCAGGCUAUCCGCCUCCUGCCGCGGGUGCGGCCAAUCGGCUAUGAUGGGAACAACCCCACGUCAGUGGCGGAGUGGCUGGAGUCUCUGGAGCUUGGUGACUACACCAAGUCUUUCCUCAUCAAUGGCUACACCUCUAUGGAAUUGGUCAAGAAGAUCUGGGAAAUUGAGCUCAUCAAUGUGUUGAAGAUCAGCUUGCUUGGACACCGGAAGCGUAUCCUGGCAUCCCUUGGAGACCGUCUCCACGACGACCCACCUCAGAAACCGCCCCGAGCCAUCUCCCUGAGAGAGCCCACUGGGAAUCACACACCUCCGCAGCUGUCACCCUCACUCAGCCAGAGCGCCUACACCACCGCCGGCUCGCUGGACGUUCAGCACCUCAUGAUGCAGGCCGACGCCCGGCGCCGCCGCAACGACAAUUACUUCGACGAUGUGCCGCGCUCCAAGCUGGAGCGGCAGAUGGCGCAAGUGAGCAUGCAAGGCGAGUGGUGCGAACCAAUCACGUUGCGGCCACCCAAUGAGGCGACCUCAUCCACGCCGGUGCAGUACUGGCAGCACCACCCGGAGAAGCUCAUCUUCCAGUCAUGUGACUAUGAGGCCUAUUACCUGGGGUCCAUGCUGGUAAAGGAAUUGAGAGGAACAGAGUCUACACAGGACGUUUGCUCCAAAAUGAGGAAGUCCACCGAGCAGAUGAAGAAGAUCCCCACCAUUGUUCUCUCUGUCUCAUACAAAGGGGUGAAAUUCAUCGAUGCCACGAACAAGAACAUCAUCGCCGAGCACGAGAUCCGCAACAUCUCCUGCGCAGCCCAGGACCCUGAGGACCUCUCCACGUUCGCCUACAUCACCAAAGACCUCAAGUCCAGCCACCACUACUGCCAUGUGUUUACAGCCUUUGAUGUGAACCUCGCGUACGAGAUCAUCCUGACGCUGGGACAGGCGUUCGAGGUGGCAUAUCAGCUGGCUCUGCAGGCUCGGAAGAGUGGGCACGGCUCAUCGACGCUGCCCGAGAGCUUCGACAGCAAGCCAGCAAAGCCCAUCCCCAAACCCCGCGUGAACAUCCGCAAGUCCAUGGAGCAGCCGUCCAUGGAUCAGAAAGGCCACGCCAACGUGCCGUGGAUAGUGGAGCCGGGGCAGGAGGCCAAGAGAGGAGUCAACACCAACCCUCGCUCCUUACUGGACGUCCACCUGGCCUUUCCCGACCACCUGAAUGAGAAUUAAACCAUAAUGCUGCUAUGAGCUGAUACCUUACGGCCCUUUUUUUUUUUGUCCGAAAAUCCUCCCCCCACCCCCCCACCCCCGUCAUUAAGCUUUGCGCUUUGUCUUGUGGAGAGGGCUGACCUGUAGGGGGCGAAAAAAGGAGAGAGACUGGGGGGGUGGUUCCGAUGGGUUCCGCCAUGACACUCGUUGUAGGGACGGACUGCUAGGUGACGCGUCUUGUCUGUGCACGAUGUAGCAGAUCUUCUUAAACCUGUGUCCGAGAAAAAACAAAAUCCAUCCCAUUAUUCUGUCCAUUGGGUUUUAAGUCACUCCCCACCUCCAUGCGGUUUGAGCGGCAUUCUUCAGCAGCCACUGUCUUGUGUACUAGAGGCGAAUUCUCCAUUAAUCUGCAUCUUUCCCAUUGGAGAGAGAAGGCUGGCAUGUGGCACAUGUGAGAGGGACCUGUCGAUUCUGUCCCGCGUUGACAGUAACUGCAAGCAGAACGAGCACUUUGUAUCAGAGUUAAUACGGAGAGAAAGUGUUUUACAAUGAAACAAUGAAAGAAAUGUUUUUGUUUUCUAAAAAAAAAAAAGAAAAAAAAAAACUGAAAAAAAAAUUAACACGCAAACUGUGUAAGUUGCGAUGCGCCGUGUGACUUAUCGGGCGCAUGAUGUCCACGUUGGCCUGGUGAAGAGGGGUGUGGCCAGCAGGAGAGGCGGAGCUGUGGGAGGAGCCUCUGGAUAAGUCAUGUGAUCUCCUUUACAGGGCAGUGCCGGACGCUCAUGUCUUUUACUGUGGAAUGCAAAGAAUGUAGCCAGCCCCCGCUAAACACGGACCCCUUCUCAGAGACACGCUGUUAAAGGCACCCCCCCCCAGCCCUGCCAAUCACGGACCCUGUCUCACACGCAGUUCUGGCGGACCGCAGAGCUUGCUGAGCACCAGUCAUAACAGAACGUACACUUUUGCAGAAGUCAUCGCUGCCAUGGCAACAACUGUCACCGGUGUGGUGGGGAGGGGAGGCGGGGAGGAUUCCCUCACGGGGCGUGACCUCUCACCCUUGCUGGGAAAAGCUGGGGAGGAGGGCUGGGGGUCAGGGGGACGGGGGGACGGCUGGAGGACAGGAAGCACGGCACACCCCUGAGCACCUACAAAAACAGUUGAGGAGAGGGUUGGAUUGGGAGGGGUGGGGGGCGGACACACAAACAGCGAAAUCGCCGCAGGAUAAAGGACUUGUGGUUUGCCUUUACUUGUUUUGCUUUUUUCCCCCUGUUUGCUGUUCGUUUCCGUCUUUGUGGCCAAGACCACAGUAUUAAUAUGCACAAUGUGAGUGGACUGGCAUGACGGGCUGGUGUGGGCCAGCCUCAUCAGGGAGGCGGCGUCCUGACGGGGGCCCUGCCGCCUGCAUCAGUGUUCUCAUUGCCAGACAUCUGAAAUGCUUAAUAUAGGACUAUUAUUACGAUGAUUAUUAUGAUACUACCAUUAAUAUUAUUACUAUUCUUAUUGUGCAAUUAUGGUCUAAUGUUGUCUUAAUGUUACAUUAUUUUUAUAUGAUAUGCUGAACUAAAGCUGGGCUUUAAAAAGAAGCCGUCGAAAAAAAAAUUUAAAAGACACAAACUGCAGCCCGGAAUGUGUGGAUGGGCUCCGUUUGAAAAUACAUUGUGUCAUUUAUCGUGGGGCUAAAACUCGGUUUCAGUCAGAUGUAAUAUUUUACCACAGUAUUACUGUACUAGAAUUUAAAAAAGAAAAGUCCUCAUGUAAAUAGAUAUUUUGCCAAUUCAUUGUUCAUACAUGUAAUGUAGUAAGAUUCGCAGUACAUCGCACUGGAAAUACGGUACCAAAUUUUGAGAGAAACACCAUGAGGUGAUAUAAAGAGCGGAGAGAUUUAUGAGGGCCAGCGAAUGGGAACCUCGCUGCAGACUAACACCUGUAUAUAAGCUUGGGCUUCCAGUACACAGAUUUUGUAAUUUUACUCAUUAUUUAUAUCCUUGUAAAGCACAUGAAAUAAACAUGACUUGUACAGUCAUCAACUCCCA